AUGAGGUGUGCGAGAGCCCCCACGCCGGACUUCCUGGAGUACAUGCUCAAGCCCGAGAAGGAAGGCGGCGACGGCAAGGCCACGUCCAACACCGUGGAGUGGGCCAUGGCGGAGCUGAUGUGGAAGCCGCGGCUGCUGGCCAAGGUGCGGGAGGAGCUGGACGCGGUGGUGGGCCGGGACGCCGUCGUGGAGGAGGCGCACCUCCCCCAACUGCCCUACCUGCACGCGGUGCUCAAGGAGACGCUGCGGCUGCACCCGGCACUGCCGCUCAUGGUGCCGCACUGCCGCGACGCGGACGCCACCAUCGCCGGCUACCGCGUCCCGGCGGGCAGCCGCGUGCUCAUGGUGAUUUUUUUUCUUACUUUUUUGAAAUAGAGAUGCACUGGAUUGUAUCUAUCUUAUGAGAUUGUAUCUAUCUUGUGAACGAGCUCUGAAUGCUUUGUGGGAUCCAUGAGUAUUUUGUUUGGGUUGAUUCAAUAUUUUGUGGUUGAGUUU